AUGGACAUGCUCUUUCUUCAGGUGAAUGCGCUCUCCGACUCGCUCACUCCUAAGUUGGGGAACCUGGAGAGUCUCAAGUUGAUGGAUCUGCCCAACAAAGUUCUCUCCGGCGAAGUUCCGACGAGUUUUGUGGAGCUCAAGAAUCUAACUCUGCUUAGAGCUACAGCUCCUCCUUCUUUGUUUGUGAUAUGCGUAAUCACUUUCACGGGGUCAUCCAUUAUGCAACAUAACCACUGNUUCGGCCCAAUCCCCGCCUCCUUCUCUGCACUCUCCGCCCUCCGCCAUCUCAACCUCUCCAACAACGCCUUCAACUCCAUUGUCCCCUCCAACCUCGCCCGCCUUGCUAAUCUCCAAGUUCUUGAUCUCUACAACAAAAACAUGACUGGUCCCUUCCCCCUCGCCAUCGUCGCCAUGCUCCUCCUCUGUCAUUUUCACCUCGGUAGCAACUUUUUCUCCGGCCAGAUCCCUCCCAAGUAUGGCACCUGGCAACACCUAACGAACUCAUGGGAAACAUCUCCCGGAGCUUGGAAACCUCACCGUGCUUCGCGAGCUCUACAUUGGCUACUACAACGCUUACUCCUACGGCAUCCCGUUGGAGAUUGGAAACUUGUCCCAGCUUGUCCGUUUCGACGCCGCGUAUUGCAGACUCUCCGGCGAUAUUCCGGCUGA